UCUCUCUAAACGUAAAAACCUACUUUAAAAAUCUCAAAUCCAACUUUAUUCUUAACUUGAUCUAGUUUUUUAAGACUAUGAAUUCAGACAUUUAGCUAUUUCUAAAGCCAUUUAUAUUUAUUUAAAAUCAAUAAAUUCAACUAAAAUUAAUAAACGCUUUAAUUAGGGGUAGGCAAAUAAAUUGAACCCGAACUGAAGCUGGCUCAAUAAAUUGAAACCGAACCAAAUCCGAUAUACAUAUCAAAAGCAAUUUGUUUUGUAGUAUUUUGGUUCAUGGGUUUUAUCCGCACCGGACCAAUGGAUAUCCGAAAACACGAAAAAUUCAAAUUCUAGAAAAAUACUCAUACAAACCCGAACUCAAUCUCGAAUAAAUACCCAAAAUAUUAUAAGAUUUUAUUGGGUACCUAAAAUAAGUAUCUAUUACAUCAAUAAUUAACUCAAAUACUUUGUUUAAUAUUUUUGUAUUUGGUACUCUUCCUUCUUCUCUAUAUAGAGUUUAUCGGGUUCGAUGUAUUUUCGCUUCUGAUUUAUCAGAUAUAAUGUGUUUGCACAUAGUUUUUGAGUUUUUUUCUCUAAUUUCAUUGUCUUUACUCUUUAAUUUUAUUUAUCAAAAAUUACAUUAGAACCAAAAGAAUCGUGACAAAAGUAUUUCUCAUUUUAAUUUUUUUUGUUUUUGAUCUUUGUUCCACUAGAUCAUUAUUUGGUUUUUGGAUUUAAAUAACUUUAAAAUUUUGGCUUUCAGAUCUUAAUUGGGUUUUCAGUUCCAAAACCCGAUUAAGAUCUGAAAACCAAAAUUUUAUUGGAUUUAACCGGUUUUGGAAAUGUCACUAGACCUGAAGAGACCCGGCUAAAUCCAAACUAAAUUUGAAUAAAAUUUUUAUAGUAUUUUAAUGAGGCUGAAAUUCAAAAAUCCAAAAAUCUGAUUGAACCCAAACCAAGACCUAAUUGUUUCUAAUGGGAUGAAAUUCAUAAACUCGAAAAACCAAAACAAGAUAUUGAAAUAUUAAAAGCUAAAGUAUCAUACACAAUCUUUUCAGCCUUAGUAUACUCUAGUUUCAUUGCCAAAUCAUAAACCCGAAAAACCAAAACAAGAUCGUUGAAAUAUUUCAAAGAAACAAAGUGUAAUCUUUUCGCUUUUAAAUCAUAUAUAAAUGUCAGCUUAUGGCUCUGAAAAUGUUGUGUACCUUUGCCGGCUUGGUGUAACUCUCGUUUCUAUUUUGAUUAUUAAUCCAACAAAUGACAAAAAAACUUAGUUGUUUUAGUUAGAGUGUCAAAUCAUAGUGUACAAAGUAUAUUAUAUAUAGAUAAUGAUAUAAAUCAUGAACGAUGGUGAGAUUAUUUUUAUUACAUAUUGAUAUACUGUAUAUGUCAUUGGGGGUCUCCUUGUUGUGACUCUAUCUCUCUCAACUCUGUUUUUUUUUCUUCAGAUGGCUAGAUUUGCUUCUUUUCUAAACGAGGUUGACUUUUUAUCUUUGCGACAGUCCCACGACAUCAUUGACUUUUUUUGGGGUCAAAUCACUGACGUGUUACCUUAAAUCUGUUAGAAGAUCCAAAUAAGCCUGAGUUUCUCUGUUUCAGAGAUAGGAAAAGUCAAAACUAGAUGGAUAUAGAUGUGGAGUCAGAGCUCAUUUCACUCAUUUCUCAACUAAUUAACGCCGCCGAUGAUGACAGUACUGAUUCCGGAACAGAUUCAGAUUCAGAGUUGGAGGAGUAUCGGAAUGUAAAGUUCAUAAGGAUCAUAACACCGUUGAUUCAGAUCAUCUCUGUCGUCAGAUCUGUAGAUUUCGAUGCCUUGCCGAAGAAGCCUGAGUCGAAGCUCAUGUCCCUCGUCGCUCAAGCAGUCUCUCUCUUCAAGCAUGAUUCCCUGCCGGAGCCUCUUUCGAAGCUCAUAUCACUAAUCUCAAGAAAAAUCUCCAUGUCUGACUCUGAUUUGUUCUUCCCCAUAGUCCUUCGCCGAACACUCGGACUAGACCCAGCUCCAAAGCUCGUAUCACUCGUCCGUGAAUCUAUAUGAAUUCUAAGAGACUUAUUCAGUUAUGCCCUCAGCGACAAGUAUCCAUCGACAAACGAGGAAAAAUCAAAGUCUUUCGAGAAAGCCAAGUGGAAUUGUUUCAUCGGAAGAUGGAAAAAAUUCAAGUUAUUAGGAGGAGAAGACUUUACUCAUUUCAUUUGUGGGAGUUGCAAUGGCAAGUACCAUCGAGAAUAUGAUAAGGCUCCACUCCAAAUCAAACACCCUCUUCAUCCCAAGCAUUUUCUUCAGCUUGUGUCCAUGAGAUUUGGCAGUGGAACUAGAGUAUGCUACUGCUGUGAUGAUGAUCUCAAUGAGGUUUUUUAUUAUUGCUCCGCCUGCGAUUAUGCUAUGACUUGUGUCGAGAAAACACUGAUUUUAGCUAGAGACAUUCCCAAGUGGCAUGAGCAUACGCUUGCUCUCUUUCCAACCCAGGCUUCUUUUCCUUGCAGUAUAUGUGCCUUGACCCAUUCAGCCUGUCCUUUCUAUGUAUGCCGUCCUUGCGACUUUGUCGUCCAUCAGAAAUUUAUCAGCUUACUGCGUGUCAUAAGGAUAUCUCGUCAUCCCCACCACCACAUCUUCUUUACACCAUCUUUCACUCAGGUCACUCAAGGUCAUUCAAGAUGUGCCACACAAAGUAAUGUAUGGGAUGGCAUCGAUCUUGACGGAGUGCAUCCGGAACAAAUCGAAGAAGAAGUUGAGCCAUUUGUGAAAAGUGACGGAGACAUACGACAUUUCAGCCACGAAUAUCAUCUUUUGAGAUUGGAUGAGAACAAAGACAAAGAUUACGACGAGAAUAAGCUGUGUCAAGCAUGUGUUACCCCAAUCUAUUUCGGUAACUUCUCUUGUGUGCAAUGCAAAUUUGUUCUACAUGAAACAUGUGCUAAUAUUUCUCGCAAAAUAUAUCACCCGAUACAUCCACAUCAGCUCAUUCUAGCUCCAGAGGGAAGAUAUGACGACGUUACAUGUUCAGCUUGUGAUAGGUUGAUACCAGCAGAUUGUUUUUCCUAUGAGUGUGCUAAAGAAGAAUGUAAUUUUCAACAUGUGCAGUGUGCCACAACUUCUAAGCCAUUAGUCCAUGGAAGCCAUGCACAUCCUUUAUUUUUAACAACUAAACCAGAAGUCUGGGGAUCAUGUCGUGUUUGCUCUCUUAAGAUAAAGGAAACAUUCAAUUGCAUUGAAUGUGAUGACUUUUCUUUGUGUUUCCAGUGUGCUACUAUACCUCCAAAGGUGAGGUAUAAGCAUGAUACGCAUAUCCUCACUCUUUUUUAUGGCGAGGACAAAAGUACUACCAUGAUGCAUUGGUGUGAGGUUUCUGAAAGAAAAAUAGAGAUAAACAAGUGGUUUUAUACGUGUGAUCAGUACUGCUGUGUCACUCUACAUAUCAAAUGUUUGAUUGGGAGGGACUUAUACAUGAAGCCUGGUUCAUCACUCUUCUUCUACGGUAAACAUGUAGAUGUUUUGUCAAACAAUCAUCUGAUGUCUCCGCCCAUUUGCGCCAACUGUGUGAACCAUUGUCCACACAAAAUAGCUUUCCAAUGUUUCGGCUUAAUAGCUUGUUCUCUAGAAUGUUUAGGGGGGUGUUAUUGGAUGUUCAGGGAUUGGACUUUGUAUUCUUGCCAUCUCUUGAAUGCUGUGAUCCAUCUAAGCCCAUUGACAAGCAGGAAGAGGAGAAAUUGGUAGACUUUUGGGAGAUGAUGUAUUUAUAAAGAGUUCGAGAUUUUCAAAUAUAAACAAUUUACUGAACCUGAAAAGAGUUUUGAUGAAAUUUUAGUUGGUUAUUAAAUGUAGACAAUUAUAAAUUUCUGUAGAAAUUAUAUAAUAUUAUGUGGUUGUGUUUGUUUAUUAGAGAUUUAGGCUCUCUAUACAUGCAAAAAUGGGAAUUUGUAAUGUACAACCUAAAAACUAUA